AUGUUAGAAGAUGAUGAUGUUGAGAUAAUACAUUCUACCAAUAUCAUUAAUGAUUAAUACAAUCAUUAAUAGAACCAAGAAUUCAUUCGCAUCCUAAAAAUAUAACAUCAAGUAUAUUCGUUUCUUGAUUCUAGAAACUCUUAUCAAGUAACUAGUCACUAGUUAAAGAAGUUUAACAAUAUAAAGAUUUAUUGGAAUAAAGUAUUGAUAGUCUUAGAUAAUUGCAAAAAGAUUAAAACAUCUUAAGUAAUUACAUCUAAAAUGUAGCUUAGAGUCUUAAUUAUCAUAAAAAGAAGCUUUUGUGCUUGCUUAGUACCCCAAUUCCAAUGAACUGUAAAAAACUAUUAAUAAUACCCCAUUAAUAAAAUUUAAAGAUAGCAGUUCCAGUACUAUAAUAUUAUUUUAAUUUAUUAUUAUUAGAUAAAGACUCCUUAGGUAACAAAUACACUAAUGUAUCAUCCAAUUAUGGUUACAUUAAUUCAUCUUUAAAUUCUCGUCACACUUAUUCAUAUGACAUUGUAUAUUUUAUUCUUUAUUUUUGUCCAGUUUAUUUCCUAAGUUUAACCACUCAACUAAAGUAUUAAAAAUAUUUUGACAAUUCUUAAAGCAAGUGAAAUUACUUAAAUUUCACCUGAAUUAUGGAGAUUUAUUCAAGAGUUUGAAGAAAAUCUUAAUGUAUUUGUUGCUAUUCAAGAUUAAUUCAUGUUUGAAGUGAGUAUUUCUUUUAUAAUUAAAUAAGAUCCAUAGAAAUAUUGUAGAUUAAACAGAAUAAAGAAAAGAACUCUAAGAAUAAUCUAUAUCAUCAGACACUUUCAAUUCAUAAUAAGGAUAGUAAUCUCAGAUUUUUCAAGAAGAUUUGGACACCAGUCAAUUUGAAAAUGAAGUACAAAUUAAAUAGUAAUUUGAAUCUUUCGAAAUCUCUUUAGCAAAACUCUCAGAUGAAGAAAAAAGAUAAUGGAAAGAAUAAUUGCUAUAGUUAAUUAAUACACUUUGAUUUUUUAUAUUUAUUUUCAAGGAUUAAAUUUAUUCAAACUAGAC